AUGGACGAUCUCUGGACAAAGUGGGACGAUGCGCACCGACUGCGAGAGUUCGAGCAGCUCUGCGUCUGGACAAGGACCGAGUACGACCCACCGCUGAGCACUCAGGAGCUCGUGGCCGCGCUGCGCACGUGCAAGUACCGCUCGAAGGCCGCCUACCAGUAUCUCCGAGCGAACCGACGCAACCCGCACCUCAUGACAACCCCCGCGUUGCUGUGCACCGCUACUACUACUACUAAUCCUACUAAUCCGACUACUGCUGUUGCCAGACAAAGUAGUAUGGGGACACCGGAACGCGAAAAGCGGCGCAUGAGUGCGUCCUGGGCAAGUAACACGGACGAAGUGCCCAGUAAGCGCCACAAGGACGAACGCUUUGCGCUACUGAUAGAUCUGGAGGACGUGAGCGAAGAAGAAGACGGCCACGAGCGCAGCACUGCCGCUUCAGAAAAGUCACUGCAGAACGAAGCCAACGUGCAGCUGUCGGCGUCUGCAAAGUGUGCGAAAGCGCAGCGACAACUGCUGCAAGUAGUGGCCGAUUGUGUUGCUGCUCGAGCGGCAGUCUUUGCUCCGGAAUGGGUGGAAGACGUGUGGAAGUCUCUCGAGGUGGUGGCACUGCCAGAGAUGGCAACGUGUUUGGAGGAGACGGUCGAUGCAUUGGUCACGUGGGUACAAGACGUGGACGUGCAAGAUGAUGCACGAGAUAUUCAGGAACGAGGGGCGGCUCUGAUCGUUGAGGUAGCAGCAAGUUUACCAUCGCAAUCCAUGGAUACUCUGGAGACGACCGAGUGUUCACCGACGGACACUGCGCUCGUGGCAAAAGAGAAAGAGGUUGCAGCAAUUGUGCAAGCUGAAAAUGAUGUGACGGCACCCAGUGCGUAUGCUCGCGCCAAAGCUGCCAAGCACGCUAUUGAGUGUUUGUCUUCUUCCUGCAAGGUGUAUACGGAUUGGCUGAGUCAACAUGCAGCAUCGGACGAAGUAAGGGGUAACGAAAAGUUCCGAGUGGAAGCAGGACUGGAAGCCUUGGGCCAAAGACUAGCUACGUUCGUGACGGAACGCAUGGCUGAGGUGGAGACGGCUGAACGUGCAGUGUUGGAGGCGAAAGAAACGAAAGAGGCCCGAUCGGUGCAGAUCGUAGAGUUUGUGCACAAGCAACACCAAGAACUUGUGGCUGCAGGUGAGACAGAAGCCUCCGCUAGUCUCCAGGCUGUCGUUAAUGUCUGGAAGCAAAAGGACACCGAGGUGCAGACGCUGUGGAGCUCUCGCAACGAAAGCGAGCAGCUGGCGGAGGACGCUUCUCGUACACUGCUGGUCGCUCAGCACGCGUUGGCAUUUCACGAGAAGUUGUCCGUAUUCUUCUGCCAAGUUCGCGAGCGGCGCGAAGAAGCCCUGUCGAGCUCUUUUAAGAGCUCAGAAGAAGCACGCACGAGUUCGGAGGCGCGUGUAACAACCGCACUUGAAGAAAUCAUCCCCAUGCUCACGCGCGCGUUGUGUCGUUACUGCGAGUUUCACGCUGUUCAGCAGUCGAAAGCGAGGGGAGAAGUGGAAGAGCAAGAGAAGGCUCUUGCUGCGCACAAUGAGUAUUUCGGCGACUCUGCGCCGAUCAAGAAGGGUGACAUUGAGCAGCGUAUCCGCGAAUUCAUCGGGGUGACGCAAAGCUCGAUGCAAGUGCUCAUGGAGAUCGCCGAAGGUCAGCAAGAGAUUUGGAGAAACAAGCAAGCAGUUCUUUCGACAUCAGUGCGCAGUGUGCUCAUGCGCGAGUUCAAGGCCUUUUGGGAGCGUCUCAGCGGACCGAUACAAGACGUCAUGAAGAAGUGCGUGAUGACCAUCGAAGAAGUGGCAGUCGGGGAUGCGGCUGUCGAGCCCCAUCGUGUCUCGCAUGUGCAGCCUGCUAGUCCUCGCUUUGCCACGCCGGAUGUCUCGAACGAGAAGAUGAUUCCAGCAUUCACAGUGCCAGCCUUUCGAACGAGCCAUGCCGAGACCGUGACGCCGUACCAAAGAGCAAUCUCAGCGAUCGUCGCUCCGGCUGAGACUGCGGGCAGUCUGACGGUCCAAGCACUCGACAAGAAGCGCGACAGCACUUCUACGUCGAACAUACGCACAUUGGCUGACUGCACAAUGACAACGAGUGACAGCGGCGUAGUAGCUACUUCGGCACCACAAGGAUCUGAGGCGCGCAGAGUGGGGCAAAAACAUGCUGUGGGUUCGGUCUUGUACUCGAAGGUCACUGUGGGCGAAGAUGGUGCGCAGUUUUUCCGUGGCAUUGUCUUGAAACAGCUGGACAACGACAUGUACGAGAUGCAGUACGACAAUGGUGAGAAGUUUACGGUGAAGAGCUCGUACCUGUAUACGAAGGAUCCGAUGGAUCAACGACCGACGGCGCUUGCUCACGAUGCUGAGAUGGAAGAUGUCGAGCACAAUGCCGGCACUGGCGGUUGUGUCAACGAGCUGGCGCUGGCGCAGUACGAGGCACAGAAGUGGCGGGAAAAGUACCUGGUGGAGAAGCGGCGACGACAGAAGACGGCGAGGGAUCUGCUGGACCUGAUCGUGCGCACGGAGCGACGUCGUCCAAGUGAGUCGGUCGACUCGUUCGACGGUGGGGGCGUCGAAAGCUCUGGUUCUCGACACAGCUGUCCGGACCAGACGGCGAACUUACUGAGUCCGACGUUGUCGUCGUUUGACUUUGAUGACGACUCGAGUGAAGAUAGCAGUGCUACGGAUGAUAGUGAUGGAAGCAAGAAGCUGCCAGCUUUGUCGUCACUGGCAGAGUCCGACUGGAACACGUCGGAAGGUGCAGCAGAUGGAGAUGAGGAAAAGGCUGGCUGGGCGGACGACUAUACGAAGCCGUUGGAAGCGUCGACCACGCUAAAGCUGCGCGAUCAACAAUCGCUGGUGCACCAUUUGGAUGCAACUACAAUGUCUCUUGGACGGCCACAGCGGUCGUCGACAACAGGCUCGGCCUUUGAGGCUCUUGAAGGAGGGUCGUCAAAACGGUCCAUGGACGAAACGAAUACUGCGCACGGCCAGCACGCACAGCAACAGCACCUCAUGCACCGCAUCAUGCAUGUGAAACCAUCUUCGCGGGAUCUUUGGUACGCGCGAACGCAUCCGAAGCAGGUGCACAACAAUGUCCGUUCGAUCAAAUUUUCCAUGCAGUUCAAGAAGGAGCGCAUUUUCGAGCACUUCUUCGUUACGGGAAUGGCUCUCACUGACAUGGAGCGACAACAUCAAUCUUCAUGCCUCGCUGGGUAUUGGAAGCCCAAGCUACUCUACGACUUUCCGAACAGACCGAAGGGCCCACCUGAUGAAUUCAUUGCCGACUUUUGCUUUCCGAGAGGCGUCCCUCUGACAGUAUGCGCACCUGCCCAAGCGGCAUCGAUUCGAGGUGUGGCAGUGUCAGAGUGGUUUACCGAAAUCGAGGCGCUUCUGGAACAUGCGCCAGAGACAACUGGUUAUACCUUUCGUCUCACAGGUGGAAAGGGAGAGGUGUUAUAUGGCUUUUGUGUUGCUAUAAUGUGGGAAGUGGUGGCAGCAAACGACACGUUGGCGAGCAGUGAUCCAAAGAGCGAUGUGGAUGGUGUGGCUGCUGGCAACUUAAGUGGAGGUCCUGCGUUUUCCCCUGGCAAGGAGAACAAGGCGGACACAACGACUGCAAUUGCACCGAGAUGCUACUGCUUCACUACUAAGUUCCCGUUUUAUCGCUUUCACUUUGCGAUUUUACGGAUGAUUAUCGAGAACGAGUUGGAACAACGCCAAAUCUCGUCUGCAGCUUGUACGAAUCAGCAAGGAGAGAAAGUCAAAGAAGACGAGCAGUUUGAGAUCAUCUUGAGACCGCUGCUGGAUCUUGCAGUCGAGUUCACAAACUUCCACGAAGAAAGGCCCAUGACGGAAAAGCAGCUCCAUGGUUCAGAGAUGUCGGGACAGAUCAAUUUGGCAUCGAUAGCAACAAAGGCGAACAUGUCGCUGACUGAUCGGCGUGUCGUUCUGAGCGAAGAUGCGAGUGUGAGCGUCGACGAGGGUACAGACAAUGGGUCAAAAGCGGCAACAAGAAGGCGACCCGAUCGAUUUCGCAAAAGCCUUAGCACCGACGACAUCGACUCGUACAAUGCUACCAAUGAGUGGAUGAUGGGCAGACCAAUGGCUAAAAACAUUGGCUCGCACCAACCUAAGGAAUACGAACGUGUGAAGAGCGGUGAUGUGUUGGAGGCAGUGGACAGUAUUGCAACCGCGUCCAUGAGCUUCGAUCAAACGAUGACAUUGCUGGAAGAGGGAAACCGGCCAAUGCGUUUACGCUUCCGCAGGCCACACAAAUCGACAGACCCGCCGUCUGCAAAACAGUCAAAACGUCGCCGGUAUUUAUCGGCCAGUUCGAUCGAUGUUUUACGCCGGGCGCAGCGCAUGAGGAUGAACGAUCCAGGACACUGGUCGACGACCCGUUUUCCUGCCUUUGAUUUUAGCUAUCAGUUUCCGAGACGCCACCCCGAUCGAUGGGCAGUUGGUGUUGUGUUGCGCUUCUUGGCGCCAGACAACGUGGUCGAAGUAAUCGCACAUUUGCUGCUCGAGAAGCAAGUUGCCAUCAUGAGCGACAGUCCUGCCAAGGUGUCAGCCGUCUGCACGGCCCUCGUCCUGCUGCUCUCCCCUUUCCAGUGGCAGUCAACGUAUAUCCCCCUACUGCCGUCGGGGUUACUGGACUUCCUACAUUCUCCCGUUCCUUUCCUCGUCGGCUGCCAUCCCCUCAGCGAGACAUCCGAAUGGCCUGAUGUUUGCUUUUACAACAUCGAUAAGGACCAUGUUGCUGUGCCGGCCGCGACAAGACACCUGGGUCCAUCGUCCCUGCCAAAUGGCGUGGAACUUUGUCAUUUGCUGUCGAAAGCCAAAGAGCGUUUCAACGCUUUGCGUCCAUCAGGGAAGCCGUGGCACGAAUUGUCCAGCGAGCAAGACACAAUCAUCACCUUGACACUGCAGGAAGCUGACAUUUUCCUGCGUGACCUGGGUUUCGACAUAUCUUCCCACGAUUUGGCAGCGUCGCUUUCAGGAGACCAGAGCUUCUAUGACCGCUUACAAGAAGAAGUGGCCAAGGAGGUGCACAAGAGCAGCUACGAGGACUACCUGGACGAAUUUACACAAACUCAGUUAUUCUGCGAGUAUUACGAAAGUCUACUACAACCACAGACGCAAAAGUAG